GGAAAGCGAAAGUGGAAGCAGCCUACCCGGGGCGCGGGGAGUAGGCGGGCGACACUGCGGGAAGCCUGUCUCAGAACUCACUUCCCGGAAAGGUCUCAGAACUCAGUUCAAGGAAAGGAGCUGCGGGUCCUAGCCGACGGCUGCCAUGGGGCUCCCUGACCCGCGCCCCUGGGCGCUCCUGCUGCUGGCGGACACGGCCUUGCUCUGGGUGCUGCGGGGAUCCCUGGGGGCGCUGCUCCCCGGAGGCCUGACGGGCCUGUGGCUGGAGGGGGCCCUGCGACUCGGGGGGCUCUGGGGACUGCUCGGGCUGGCGGGGCUGCGGGGCCUGCGGGGGUCGCCGCCCGCCCUGCUCGGCCUGCUGACGCCGCUGUUCGUGUCCCUGCGGGCCCUGGUCCCCGGGGCCCUGGGCGCGCCCCCUCUCCGGGUGGCCACGGCCCCCUGGACCUGGCUGCUUCUGGGCUACGGCGCUGCGGGGCUGGCCUGGGCUGCGUGGGCCGUGCUGAGCCCCCCGGGAGCCCCCGAGGAGCAGGACCAGGACCGCAAGAACAACCGAGCCCUGAUGUGGAGGCUGCUGAAGCUCUCCAGUCCCGACCUGCCCCUCCUCGGGGCCGCCUUCAUCUUCCUCAUUCUCGCGGUGCUCGGGGAGACUCUAAUCCCGCACUACUCGGGCCGCGUGAUUGACAUCCUGGGAGGGGAUUUCGACCCCGACGCCUUCGUCAGCGCCAUCUUUUUCAUGUCUCUCUUCUCCAUUGGAGGCUCGCUGUCCGCUGGCUGCCGAGGAAGCACCUUCACCUUGAUCAUGUCCAGAAUCAACCUGCGGGUCCGGGAGCAGCUUUUCUCCUCCCUUCUGCGCCAGGACCUCGGUUUCUUCCAGGACACUAAGACAGGGGAGCUGAAUUCCAGGCUGAACUCAGACACCACCCUCAUGAGCCGCUGGCUCCCUCUCAAUGCCAACGUGCUGCUGCGGAGCCUGGUGAAAGUGGUGGGACUGUACGGCUUCAUGCUCAGCCUGUCCCCGCGACUCACGCUCCUCUCUCUGCUGGAGGUGCCGCUCAUGACAGCCGCUGAGAAGGUCUACAAUGUCCGCCAUCAGGCGUUGCUUCAGGAGAUCCAGGACGCGGUGGCCAAGGCGGGCCAGGUGGUGCGGGAGGCUGUGGGCGGGCUGCAGACAGUGCGCAGCUUUGGGGCGGAGGAGGAGGAGGUGUGUCGCUACCGGGCGGCCCUGGAACGGUGCCGGCAGCUGCGGUGGCAGAGAGACCUGGAACGGGCCCUCUACCUGCUUCUGCGGAGGGUGCUGCAGCUGGGGGUGCAGGUGCUGAUGCUGAGCUGUGGGCUGCGGCAGAUCGUGGCGGGGACCCUGAGCCAGGGCGGGCUGCUCUCCUUCCUCCUCUACCAGGAGAACGUGGCUCAGUACGUGCAAACCCUGGUGUACAUAUGUGGGGACAUGCUGAGCAACGUGGGUGCUGCGGAGAAGGUGUUUCAGUACCUGGACAGACGGCCACAGCUGCCUCCUUCCGGCACACUGGCUCCGUCCUCUCUGCAGGGCCUGGUGCAAUUCCAAGAUGUCUCCUUUGCUUAUCCCAGCCGCCCCGACCAGCCCGUGCUAAAGGGACUGACAUUCACCCUGCGUCCUGGUCAGAUGACCGCACUGGUGGGGCCCAACGGGUCCGGGAAGAGCACCGUGGCUGCACUGCUGCAGAAUCUGUACCAGCCCACGGCCGGCCAGCUGCUGCUGGAUGGGGAGCCCCUUCACCAAUAUGAGCACCACUACCUGCACCAAAAGGUGACUGUGGUUGGGCAGGAGCCGGUGCUCUUCUCUGGCUCUGUGAGGGACAAUAUCACCUAUGGGCUGAAGAGCUGCAGCGAUGAGGAGGUGAUGGCCGCUGCCCGGGCCGCCAAAGCUGAUGAGUUCAUUGAAGAGAUGGAACGUGGACUGCACACAGAUGUCGGGGAGAAAGGGAGUCAGUUGGCUGUGGGACAGAAACAACGCCUGGCCAUUGCCCGGGCCCUUGUGCGGGAGCCACGAGUCCUCAUCCUGGAUGAAGCCACUAGCGCCUUGGACGUCCAGUGUGAGCAGGCCCUGCAGGACUGGAUGUCUAGCGGGAACCGGACGGUGCUGGUGAUCGCGCACCGGCUGCAGACCAUCCAGAGCGCCGCCCAGGUCCUGGUGCUGAAGCAGGGAGAGCUGCAGGAGGAGGCGCAGCUGCUGGAGGGCGACGACCUCUACUCCCGCCUGGUGCAGCAGCGGCAGAACUGAGGUGCCAGGGCUCUGGGCCUGGCUCCGGGACAUCCUCGUGACCCAGAGCACCCUGCUUGGAGUCUCUCUGAGGCUGCACCCUUAGCUCUGGUUUCUGAAACUGGAGGCACCACGAAUGUUUGAUCAGCCUGAGCUUCAGUGUGUGUGUGUGUGUGUGUG